CCAUCUUGCGGUUGGACCUUGGAGCUGCCGCCGAUUGAGUUGGCAGUUCAGUUGCUAUAGAAACGAACACACAUUUAUACCAACGUGUCGUCGUCGCCUCGAGUUCGUCCAAAUUCUGGAGGAUGACUGAGAGGCGAUACCGAAUAUCUGUGAGACUCGGAAACUGGUACGAAGACCAGCGACUGAAGGAGGAUGCGGAUAAGGAGCACCAGGAAAGGGCUCUACAGGGACAACUGAGUUGCCAGAAAGAAGACUUCCUGGUAGAGAAUCUCCAGAGACCGGUGGAGCUUUCUCCAUCACCUGAUGGAAUGGUGCAUUUUGGGGAUGUCGUGAUGCUGGUGAACGCUGGGGGCGAGAGCGGGCAGCGCUCAGCGCUGAGCAUCAAUGCCACAGUGAACCCCUUCAGAAGGAUUCCUUAUCCUGCAAUUGAGUCUCCCUGUGGCGUCAGCGGAGGGAAGAGUCUUCAGCCGUGUGCGCGGACUGCGUUCGUCAUCACCAGUGUGGGCGGAGAGUCGGACACUGGGGUGCUACAUUUUGACCAAGCGUUUGCUCUGAAGACAGCCAGUGGAUUUGCAGGAGGUCUUUAUCUGAAAAGUCAUCUCCGGAGUUUUCAGAAAUGUGCGAAGGUGUCUCGCCUCCAGGAAGUGAACUUGGAAGACGCCGCUACUUUUGAAUCCUGGUGGAAGAUUGUGUACUUUGAUCCUCAAGAAAGGUUGGAGUUUGAGGGUCUACCCGUCCCUGCUAAUGAGAGAGUUUUGGUCGUCCACUGCAAGACCAACCAGGCCCUGGCUGUUGUGGAGAACCACAGCUUGUGGACUGUUUUCGGGAGAGAGUCCGAGGUGGUCGCACACACUUUUUUGGACUCACACAAAGCAGAGCGGGACAACAACCACUGGCUGCUGAAAAAUGUGUAAUUUUUAAGUCAUAUCCUGACACUCCAGUCCAGAGAGUGAUGGACGGCCCAAUAGCUAUGAAAUAAAGUCAGGACAAAUGAGAGAUAAACAUUUCCGAGAAAUGUUUUUAUGUAGUUUUAAAACUCCUCAGAAGACAAA